AUGGGGGUCCUCCCGGAGAACAGGAGCGGCUCGGCGCUGCCGCUGAACGGUUCUGCUCGGCCCGCUGCCAGCCCUCCCCGGGCCAUCGCCCUGGGUGUGACGCUGGGCUCCUUCAUCCUGUUCGCCCUGCUGGGCAACGUGCUGGUGGUGCUGUCGGUGGUGUGCCACCGGCCCCUGCAGACGGUCACCCACUACUUCACGGUCAACCUGGCGGUGGCCGACCUGCUGCUGAGCUGCAGCGUGCUGCCCCUGUCCGCCUGGCUGGAGGUGCAGGGCCAGUGGCCGCUCGGCCGGCUCCUCUGUGAUAUCUGGGCGGCGCUGGACGUCCUCUGCUCCACCGCCUCCAUCCUCAGCCUGUGCGUGAUCUCCGUCGAGCGGUACAUCGGGGUGAGCCACCCGCUGCGGCACCCGGCCCUGGUGACCCCGGGGAGGGCUCUCUGCGCCCUGCUGGGCGUCUGGUGCUUGGCCCUGGUCAUCUCGGUGGGGCCGCUGAUGGGCUGGAAGGAGCCGCCGCCCCCCGACCACACCGUGUGCCGGGUGACCGAGGAGCCCGGCUACGUGCUCUUCUCCGCCCUGGGCUCCUUCUACGCGCCGCUGGCCGUCAUCCUGGUGAUGUACGGCCGGGUCUACCUGGUGGCCAGGCGGGAAACCAGGAGCCUGGAGGAGGGCAGGAAGAGGGGGGCGGGGGGACGGGUCAGCUUACGCAUCCACCGGCCGGGGAAGAGGGGGGACGCGCUGAACCAGGGCCAGAGGGCGGGAGAGGUCAGGUCCCAGCUGAAGACCCCGUUCUCAGUCCUGCUCUUCAAGUUCACCAGGCAGAAGAAAGCGGCCAAGACCCUGGGCAUCGUGGUCGGGGGCUUCAUACUCUGCUGGCUCCCGUUUUUCGUGGUCCUACCCUUAGGUUCUUUCUUCCCGAAGUACAAAGCCCCAGAGACCAUCUUCAAAAUAACAUUUUGGCUUGGCUAUUUUAACAGCUGCAUUAACCCCAUCAUAUACCCAGCUUCAAACAAAGAAUUUAGGAAGGCAUUUCAAAACAUCUUGAAGGGUCAAUGCUGUCACAGGAAAAAGGCAUCAUUUCACCCUCCCCUGAGCUACAGCCACAGUGCAGAGGGGCAAAAGCACGUAGUACGCACUCCUGUCGGGUCCAGGGAGACCUUCAAGACCUCCAAGUCUGAUCGAGAUUGUGAAUGGAAAUUAUUUUCCACCCUGCCAGAUCAUGGAACAGAGAACAAGUGCAGGCAUCUCAAUGGGAGAGGUAGAACGAUUCUGUGCUGCUGUUGCACUGAUGCCAAUGCACCUCGUGGUGAGACACACCAUGCACCGGGUUUGAAACCUCAAGCUUAUUCGGUUGGUGAUUACGGUGAUCCUGUGUGA